AUGCGUCUCCAAGAUACUCAGCCGCUACUACGAGACCGGCUCCAUCGCACCGGGCAACAUCGGCGGGAGUAAACCAAAGGUUGCAACACCUCUGGUUGUGAAAAAGAUAAUGAGUUACAAACGGAAAAACCCUUCAAUCUUUGCGUGGGAGAUACGGGAUCGCCUUCUUCGGGAAAGAGUAUGUGAUAAGAAUACGAUACCUAGUAUUAGCUCAAUCAACAGGAUCAUACGAAAUGGAUCUUACUUCACCCAUGAAGAGGGUAAUCCUAGCUCGCUGCCUGCACCCAUACCUCGCGUCGCAUCAGGACUUUCUCAUGGAAACGUGUCGCAUCCAUCUCAAAGUAUCAUCACUCCAGACACACCCAUGACUCCGUAUCUUAGCAACCGCCUCAUAGAAUUGGCAAAUGACCAUCAUCGAUUGGCCAGUCUGGAAAUGACGUCACCUAUAGAUAGAAUAAUUGUUCAGAGUGGAGAUGGCAAUCAAACUGAUGUUCGAGAUGUUAAUCAGAAGAAAGAAAUGACGGAAACAGAAAAUGAAGAAGAUGAAGGUGUUCAAACUGACGUGGAAUCUCCUACUAAUGAAUAUAUAGGUGCCAUUCUGCCCAGAGUAAAUCCAAGUGAACAAGAUAUCUUGAAGACCUCUCCUUUCUUUCACCCCAUGACUCGUCUUAUGAAAAUCGAACGUUCACGGUCUCGGUCACCACCUCCAUGCCGAUCGCCACGAUCACCACGAUCAUCUCGUGAUCGGUUGGCGGGAGAUCAUGACGAUACUAGUCAGGAGGAAGAAGAAAUAAGAAUUAUGGAAGGUAUGCAAUUGUCUGCGUUUCAACCGAACUGCAAGGGUUUUCCUCAUCAUAUCAUACCACCAACUUCUCUGGCAGAUAUAUCACGGGUUCCAAUGGCAUCAGCAGCAGCCGCGGCCGCAGCCGCUGCGUCACGACUCGCUGCGGCAACGGGAAUCUUCCUGCCACUUGGAACACACGCAAACGGUCCUCACAGUCUCGCUCUGUCGGCCGCAGCAGCGUCUGCUGCCGCCGCUGCGGCUGCAGCAUCACCGACCCGCGGUAAUUUUCUACACAUCGGAAGAAAUGACGCAACCGUCGUCGGAUCCCCGGUAGCACCACUCCAGAUGACGCCCUUUCCAUUAUUUGUUAAUUCAGCCUCUGGGUGUUGGACGAUGAUUAGACCUAUGGAAUUUGCUCAAAAUAUGAUUGAUAUGAAGACAUCUUGCACAUGAUGAUUAUAGCUGGAGAGAUUAUGGACAAAAAUAUUUAUUGGAGAGAAUGAUGAAAGAACGGAAUUUUAAGAAUAUUUUUGCUUGCAAAAUUUAUGAUCUAUGGUUUUCGAGUAUUUUGCACUAGGAUUCGUUCGCUGGCGAUAAAAUACAAAACCUUGUUAAUCUUUAGACCCAUAGUUGAAACAAAGCGCAUUGAUUUAAAAAUGUGAAACCCUCGACAUUUGUUGCCCCCUUUCUCAGUCAUUUGGUUGUUUUAAUGGUUUCAUGACUGUGAUUUAUUUCGACAUGUCAAUGCUCAAGGAAUUUUAGGUAAUUUUAGUUAAGGUAAAUAGAAGUAAAUAGUCAGUAAAUAGAAGUCGUGUAGUGGAUUGCCUAUCUUUGUAAUAUAUCUUUGGUUGGUCACUAUAUAACCAUAUUCCACAGUUCGCUUAUGUAUUAAUAUAAGGCAAAUAUUGUAGUCAGGCUCUUGGGAUUGAUAUACUUUUUCGAGAUUGUUGUAAUGUAUACCAAAAGUAUACAUUACAUUAGUGAAUGUUUCCAUACGCAGUUUAUAGUGUAGAGGAAACUUGUAUCACUUUGAUCUAACCACAUUGUUGCAAUAGGCCUCUUAGAAUUACAAAAUUUGGCUUUGCAGUUUAGUCACAAUCAUGGUUCGUGGGAGCAAUUGAAACAAAUUUUUGCCUUCCUUUCCAAGUAGGCCUAUACCUGAAACUAUAAAAGUGUGUAAAUCGGUGUAUUUAGAAAUCCUGAGAAGAAUUUUCAAAUGAGGAAUAUCAUGCUGGCCAAAAAUAGCACCGUUUUAAGCUCAAAAUUAUACUUUAUCGCCAGGGAACAAAUUGGAGGAACAAUUAUACUUGUAAGUUAUUUUUUGUAUGAUAAUUUGACACAACCUGAUCGCUAGAAAACACAUUUGAAAAUUGCAAAAUACUACAAAUAAGGACUUGUUCAAUUUAUUUUUUGAGAGAAUUCGAUUUUAAAAUUGAGAUGACACGAAAUUACUAAUAGAAAGGGAAUGUUAAAUAUUUCAGUUAGUGAAAUACAUGCAAUAAUCAUUUUCAUUACCAUGAUCAUUGUUGCUGGUAUUAAUAUUAUCAUUACUACUAAUAAUUACCAUUAUCAUCAUUGCUUUCGUUAUUUAUCUAUCUUGUUGUAUCUACCCGAUGCAAUCUCUUCGAUGCACAAAUUACUCUUGAGAGAGCUUGUUCAUUGUCAUUUUACUUAGCAGUGCAACACUGGCAGCGUUAAUGAUACAGUUUUUACAAUUAUUAUCAAUAUUAUUAUUAUCAUUAUAAUUGUUAUUAUUAUUGUUAUUAUUAAAAUCUUGCACAUGAUGAUCAUCAUCACCAUCGUGUGACCCAUUGUAAAUUGCUCCAGUGCAUUACCGAAACUUUUACUGGACUUUUGGUAUAUAUUUCUGCCGGUAAUUCAAGAAUAUUAAGAAUAUUAAGACGGUAAAACACAGCAUCUCUUUUAUUUCAUCUUUAUUUGCUGAUUUAGUAAAUUUUCGUAAUUUUAUUUUUAAGAUAAACAUGCCAUUGUAAAUCGUGUGAUACCUAUUCAGGCAUUAUGAUGCAGUAUAUGAUACCUAAUACGUUGUGGUUACCACCGUUGGAAAAUAUAUUUUCAACAUCUAUAUAAUGUUAAAUAUCAUUUGAUGGUGUUUCUUAAAAAGUUGUUCAUGUGGUAUUACUAAAUUGUAUAUAAUUCUAUAUGACCGUGUGAUUGCAAUCAAUAACUAGGUGCAAUAAAGUGCAAUAUCAUAAGAACCAUUAUCAUGCAGAAUAAAGUUUCAU